UUUUUUUUUUUUCCCCCUUCGCUUUUACACACUUUUGUAUGCUGUUGUGACAAAUAGAGAGUUAGAGAGUUAGAGAGGAGAACAGUAACUGUACCAUCUUCUUCAUUUCUCUCUUCUCGCUUUUUCUUGUACUUCCUCCUCCUUUCAUUAUUUAUUGUUUAUUUAUUUCUCUUUCCCUUCAGGAGUCAGGAUGAUUUGGUUCGCCUACGAAGAACAAGUAGUUUCGGGUAGGACUACUCCGUAGGUACCUCGUACAGUACUCCGUACAGGCAUGUUAGAUACCAAGUACAUUCUGUUCUUGCCAUUCUCAACUACCGAAUCAUUUCGAUCACAAUGACCCAUCCCCUAACUAUAUGUGGUUGUGGUCUCUUUAUGAUGAUCGUCAUUGAUACUAUAAACAGUAACGUUCUCUACCGAGUAUGCCUCAGCCAUAGCACUUCGACCCAAUCAUCAACUUGUUGAGUCCCUAGCCUAUCCUUUAACUCAUCGAUUCCACGGAUUAACUUUGGACUGGCCAGUGAAAUUAUAGUAUGUACUAAAACAGAGACCGAUACGGGAGGGGGGCAAUUGAUAAUAAGACAAGAGGAUGGGUUCUUUGAAAAUAUGAAACGCAAUGGAUCAUCAUUUGGUGGCAAAGCUGAAAGGUACGCUUGUUGUGAUGGUGAAAACGGUUGACAUUCGCCGCUGCCCAACAAAGGGUGGAUCUGCGCGCUAGCUAGGGCCUAGAUGUGUUAAGAAGUGCAAGACUAAGGGGAAUUAUGGGGGGAAGGCGACGCCAGCUUUUGGUUUGGGGCCCAUAUCUUGAACUUUCUAAACGAUAUGGUUGGCCCAUAGGAUGCGUGAUGGAGUUCCGUGUGGGCCUGGAUGGAGUUUUGAGAGAGGAACUCAGCUGUCACCUUCCAGAUAUGGGACAAUUUCGGGGCGCCCAUGAAGUUGAUUCCGAGUUAUUACUGCUUCAGAGUACUUCCUGUACUUCCUGUACUUUCUUGUUCUUAUUCUUUUUCUUUUCUUCUCUUUUCUUUCUUCCUUUUCCCUUGUCACUUCAUAUAGGAGCUGUCGAUCAAGUGCCCUUAAUAUAGUUCUCUGUAUUGGCGAUAUAUUUCCAUUUUCUACAUGCUUAUGGAACUGAGUCGAUUGCCCUAACAGUAUCAACUCGAUUCUUCCAUAAUUGACAAUCUAACUUUCUCAGUUAAUGAGCUGUUAACCUUAGGGUAAAGGGCUAUUGAUCAUCAUCAUCUUCUUCUUCUUCUUCUUCUUCUUCUUCUCUCUGCCUUAUUGCCGCUAGAGAGUAGAUGUACGGGUCCCUUAAAAAGAAAAGAG